UCAUAUAACCCUUGGCAUGGAAAUCCCUAUUACGGCGUGUUUCAAUUCAAAAUAUUGCAUGUCGAAGCACGAAUGAUUACCAAAGACAACCUUAAAUCGGUGAAACGAAACGCUCGUGAAACGCAUUGGUCGCAACUCGCAAGACGCAAGCACCCUACUCGUUUCACGAUUUCAACAUUUUGGGCUACGGUGAGGUCUAUUACAAUCGGCCCCUCCCAUCUUUCCACUUCCAGCCGACCCCGACGAAAAUAAAUACAAAACUUCUCUAAAAAUGGCGCCCUUUGCAACGUUCAGGCCAUGAGUCCCGUGUUAUUGGGUCCAUGGCGAUUCCGUCAAGGAGCAGUAAAUUCCUCUACUGCAUGCGAAUCUUGCUCUCCAACGUACAGAAAUCGAAUCACAUAUUGGCCGGAGAAGGGGCAAAGGCUCGGCUUUACGGGGGAGUUGCUUCUGAUGCAAGAGCUGAGAACAGUAUAUUUGACAUUUCAACAUCGAAAGCAGUGGAUUCCAGGAUUUUAGGGAUAAAAAGGUCCAUGAUUUCAACAUCGACGUGGACAGUUCUGAAAAUUCUUCAAAGCAAAGGAUUUGAAGCCUAUCUAGUGGGUGGGUGUGUGAGGGAUUUACUCCUAAGGAGAAUACCCAAGGAUUUUGAUGUGAUCACCACAGCUACUCUUAAACAGAUACGGAAACAAUUUCAUCGUGCCAGAAUUGUGGGACGACGAUUUCCUAUAUGUCUGGUCCAUGUCCAAGGUUCUGUUAUUGAGAUAUCUAGUUUUGAGACAGUGGGUGAGCAUGUUAAAGAAAAUGAAACAGUUCUUUUCUCUCAAAUGUCAACUAGUUGUGAUGAAAAAGACUUCAUUCGUUGGAGGAAUUGCAUGCACAGGGACUUUACUAUUAACAGUUUAUUCUUUGACCCAUUUGUGAAUACAAUCUACGACUAUGCCAAUGGGAUGCAAGAUUUGAGGACCUGCAAGGUGCGAACCAUAACCCCAGCCCAGCUGUCAUUCCAAGAGGAUUGUGCAAGAAUUUUGCGGGGCUUAAGAAUUGCAGCUCGCCUUCACUUUUCAUUUUCUGAGGAGACUGCUGAAGCAAUAAAAAAUCUUUCCUCAUCUGUGAUGAGUUUGGAUAAGUCAAGGUUGAUGAUGGAAAUGAACUUUAUGCUGUCUUAUGGAGCUGCUAAGUCCUCCCUCCAUUUACUGAAGAGAUUCAAACUUCUUGAUAUCUUGCUUCCCUUUCAGGCAGCAUACCUAGCUAAACAGGGCAAUAAUCAAGGUGCUCAGGAUUCCACUAUGUUGAUGAGACUAUUUCUUAACAUGGAUAAAUUACUUGCCUGUGACCGGCCAUCUGACUGCAUCCUGUGGGUUGGGUUACUGGCAUUUCACCUUGCACUAGUAAAUAAUCGACAAGAUGCUCUUGUAGUCUGGACAUUUUCGUUGCUUCUAUAUCAUGGAGAUUGGAGAGAAGCUGUGAAAUUUGCAAGAGAAAAUGCUCAAAUGCACAUUCAUUUUGUACCUGAGAUUUCAGAUGCUGGUGCAACUAAGUCAGAUGACAUGCUUGCAGAAGAAGUCAGUUAUUUAGCAUCAUUGAUAAUAUCUUCUAUUGAUGCUUUGACUGGGACUGAAAGUCUUCUUAAAUCAAUGGAUAGAUACCCACUUUCCCCAUGUCCUGGUUUGGUUUUUAUAUCCAAGUCAGUAGGCAGACAUGUUGCUGAACUUUUCAGUGUACUGAAGGAAGAUAUUGAAUCUUAUACAAGGGAAAGGGAGAGUCUAGAGAUCAAUUACAAGUUGCUUGGGAAGGGAGAUCGUAAUGAGGUGAGAUUUGUGCUUGGCAAAGUCAUCAUGGACACAAUGAGCAGUGGGGUUGUCCAAGAGCUGAGGGCAGUUGAUGAGGAGUUGGUGAAGGAAAAACACCCCCAGGAGUUGAUGAAGAAGGAAAAGCAUUGGCAGGAAGAGGCCAAGGAUAAAGAUUACCAUGAGGCAGCCUCUAAGAAGGGAAGAGGGCAUGGUGGGGUGGGUAAGGAAAAAGACAAUUAUCAUAAGGAGGUAGCCAAGGAGGGUAAGGAAAUACAUAAAAAGAAGGAGAAAAGCUGUCAGAAGGCUGCCAAGGAAAAAUAUUGCCAUGAGGCAGCCUCUAAGAAGGGAAGAAGGCAUGGUGGGGUGGAUAAGGAAAAAGUCAAUUAUCAUAAGGAGGUAGCCAAGGAGGGCAAGGAAAUACAGCAAAAGGAGAAAAGCCAUCAGAAGGCUUCCAAGGAGAAGAAAAGACAUCACGAGGUGGCUAAGGAGAAAGAAAAGCACUGUAAGGAUUCUGAAAAGAAGGAAGAAGAUCAUUGUGAAGCUACCAAGGAAAACAUGGCAAAAUGUUUUCCCUCAUCUGGUCUUGAACAACAGGAGGCACUCCAGAAGGAACAGGAAAAGAACCAGGCAGUGGUAAGCAAGGAGAAAUACCGUCAACCAUUGUCUAGUUUUUUUGAAUAACAAUUGCAAGGCAGUAGAGGUAAAACAUCAUUCUCAGUCUAAUUUGGGACAACAGGAGGUGGUAAAGGAGGCACGCCAUCAAUCACUGUCUCGUUUGUUCAUGUGACUUCUAAUUAUGUAUUGUUCACCUCAAUUGUCAUCUGUUGUAAAUUUUAUGCAAUGCUCAUGUUCAAAAGUGACUGGGUAUUGCGCAACUAUGAUAACUGACUCUUCACUCUGACAUCACAUUACAUGGGUGUAGGUUUAUAA